GGUCCAGCCUGAUAAUGGUCCUUCCAUGCCUCUACUCAGCGUUUCCGGAUGCAGCGAAUCUCGACUCAGAGACUCUCUCUCUCUCUCUCUCUCUCUCUCCAUAGAUUUUCCCCUAUGAAUCAACAACCCUCUCGAAUCGCUAUCCUUUCGGUACUGCUCAUAGCAACCCUCGGUUUCUCACUCCCCUCAGCCACUGCUUCUCCGAGUGAUCAUCAUUACAAUGUAGGCGAUCACGUCCCCUUAUUCGUCAACAAAGUGGGUCCCCUGAACAAUCCCAGUGAAUCCUACGAAUACUUUGACUGGCCUUUCUGCCACCCAGAUUACUUGGUAAAGAAGAAGGAAUCACUUGGGGAGGUUUUAAGUGGUGAUCGCUUAACAAAUGCCUUGUAUGACUUGAAAUUCAGGGAGGACAAAACUGCAGAGAUUUUGUGCCAAAAGACGCUUAAAGAAGAUGAAAUCGUGAAGUUCAGGAAUGCUAUCAUUAACGAGUAUUACUUCCAGAUGUUCUACGAUGAUCUUCCUUUCUGGGGUUUCAUAGGGAAAGUUGAAGAAGAAAGUUGGGCGCUUGAUGGAAAGGGUCCCAAGUACUAUCUAUUCAAACAUGUGCAGUUCCAUGCAUUUUACAAUGGUAACCAAGUCAUAGAAAUACGUGCUUUUAGUGACCCAAAUCAUGUGGUAGAUGUUACUGAAGAUGCAGAGACCAGCGUUAGGUUUACUUAUUCCAUCAUCUGGAAUGAAACCUCUACUCAGUUUGAGAACAGAAUGGACAAAUACUCAAGGGCUUCAUCAUUGCCGACACAUAGGCGAAUCCAUUGGUUCUCAAUCAUCAACUCAAUUGUGAUCAUUGUGCUACUAAUGGGAUUGCUUAUGGUCCUUUUUAUGCGGCAUCUCAAAAAUGAUUUGAAAAAGUUUACUAAUGGAGAUGAAGAAGAAGAUAAGGAGGUUGGUUGGAAAUACAUUCACAGUGAUGUAUUCAAGUGUCCUCCCCGUAUGCUCUUGUUUUGUGCUUUUUUGGGCAGUGGCACCCAGUUGUUGACCAUGGUUCUCUUACUAUUUUCUUUGGCAUUUCUUGGCGUCCUCUAUCCCUACAGUCGUGGAGCUUUGUGCACUUCUCUUGUGGUGAUUUAUAUCCUUACAUCUACGAUUUGUGGAUACAGUUCUGCUUCUUUUUACAAUCAGUUUGCUGAAACCAGAUGGGAAAGAAGUGUUCUUCUAGCUGGGGUUCUCUACCUUGGUCCACUGUUGUCAGUAGUGUCAAUCCUUAACACUAUCGCAAUAUCUUAUGGAGCUACAGCAGCACUUCCCUUUGGCACUAUAGUAGUGAUUUUUUUGGUACUUGUGGUCGUCAACAUUCCUUUGCUUGCCAUUGGUGGAGUAAUUGGGCACCGACUCAGGUCCAAAUUUCAAGCACCUUCUGCAACCAAGAGAUUUCCAAGUGGCAUUCCACUGUCAGCUUGGUACAGCAAAACACCAGGUCAAAUGUUUGUUGGGGGUCUUUUACCUUUCAGUGCAGUUGUCCUUGAGUUACACAACCUUUAUGCUAGCAUGUGGGGCUACAAGAUCUACACCCUUCCCAGUAUUCUGUUUGUAACUUUCAUCAUUCUCGUCCUACUUGUUGCAAUGUUGAGUGUUGGUUUGGUGUACAUUCAGCUGACUGUGGAAGACCAUGAGUGGUGGUGGAGAUCAAUUUUGCGUGGGGGUUCCAUUGCCAUAUUUAUGUUCGGCUACGCUAUUUACUUUUAUGCCAAGUCAAAUAUGAGGGGUUUUCUGCAGCUAUCCUUCUUUUUCGGGUACAAUGCUUGCAUUUGCUAUGCACUUUUCCUGAUGCUUGGUACAAUCAGUUUUCGUGCUUCCUUGCUAUUUGUUCAGCACAUAUAUCGUUCUGCCAAGAAUGAAUGAAGUCACUCGUGCAUUUCGGGGGGGUAGCUUUUUCUUUGUGUAUCUUCCAACACAAUGCUCAGAAUGACAUAAAGUGUAUAUUACUAUUGCUGUUUUUGGAUCAUGGAUUUGUAGAAGGAUUCAUGAGAUGAAGGAGAUGAAAACAUAAAGGAAAAUAUAAUGUCGUAAAAUAAGGUGAAGAAGCUGACUUAUCUCCUCGGUAUUCCCAAAGGAAAGUUCCUGCACAGAUCCAUGAUUAAAAACAGUUUGUAGCACCUUAAGAGAGUAAUUGAGCUGAAUUCAAGACGAAGCAGAAGUUUGCUGAUGACCCAUCUGGUGGUGAUUUACUUUACGGUGCUCAUAUGUUGAGAUUCAUUUUUUGCAUUAACACAGUUUGCAGUUUUAAUUGAAACAGUAAUCUAAUUUCAGUUUUAUUAGCACAGAAUCCUGUCACAAUUGUUAGAAGUAAAUUCAUUUUAUGCAGUGCAUGGGCCGGAAUAAUUUGUUCUCCGUCUUGUUUACCCAAAAUAGAAUUUGAGUGAUUCUGCUCUGCUUAUUCC